UAAUCCGUCAACUCUCUACCAAACAACUCUGAAAAAGCCAUUCGAUUCCUCCUUUCAAUCCCUCUUCCUUCCCAAAACCUCCCUUUCAGAUCUCCAUUUCUACACCACCCCAAACCACCAUGGACUCUAAUUUUCAUGGCAAGACCACCGCCACCCACCACCAGAACAACCACCACAAACCAUCAACCUCUGAGCUGAUGUCCAGUGCCAAACUGGUGGCUGAAGCAGCCAAAGCCACCCUCAGCCAUGAAUCCGACAAGGUUGACAAGUCCAAGGUAGCUGGCGCCGCCGCUGACCUCCUUAAUGCUGCCUCGAGUUAUGGAAAGCUAGAGGAAAAGAGUUUUGGCAAGUAUGUUCAAAAGGCAGAGAAUUAUCUCUACCAGUACCAUUCUACCACCAGUUCUGGCCACCACUCAACCACCACUAAUACCACCGGACAUACUUCCUCACAUUCAGGUGGGGACGGCCAUUCUGCAAGUGGGUAUGGAGACUAUAUCAAGAUGGCUGAAGGUUUCUUGAAGAAGAACUAAUUCCAGAUUUCAAGUAUGAAGUCAUUUGGUUUGUUUUCAGCAAUCAUCCGGUGAAUUAAGUGGGUUAUCAUAUGACUCUUUGUCUUUGUGUAUGUUUUAUUGUUUGUUUGUUUGUUUGUAUUUGGUUGACUCUGUGGGGGCGGUUUUUGUAUUUAGGUAAAUUUCUUAAAUACCUUUGUUUUAAAUCGUUACCUAAACUUUCAACGGUCCUAAAUUUUAUCAGAAUUAGGGUAUUGACGAAAGAAAAUCAUUUUGUUGAGUUAAGUUGAAGUGAGCCAU